UUCUUCAACAACAACAGCUAGUCAGCAUGCAACUGACAUUAUACGGUCAAGACUGGAGUUAAGUCCUGAAUUAGGUCUUAAUUGUUUAACAUGUUACUCAUUAAGCAGAUCGACUUACAUUAGCGUGUGCAUACAUUUUCGUACUGGUCCCUCGCGGGUAUCAAACCAACAACCCUGGCGCCAUGCUUUACCAACUGAGCUACACGAAACUAUUAUCACCUCAUGUAUUCGUAACGUACAUAUUCACAUGUAGCUACAGCAUUAAACGACUCUAACAGUAUAUAUUCAUAAUGUACAUAUUCAUAUGUAGCUAUAGGUCUGCAUUAAACUAUUCUAACAGUAUAUAUUCAUAAUGUACAUAUUCACAUGUAGCUAUAGGUCGGCAUUAAACUAUUCUACCAGUAUAUAUUCAUAAUGUACAUAUUCAUAUGUAGCUAUAGGUCUGCAUAGACGAAAGUAUUGGCUGUAAGAAGUCAGACAAAACAUAUUUGCUCAUCUUUAAAUGAAUAAACAAUGUAGUGAAUAUUUUUCUAAACUGCGUUACCCAUUCCAGUCAGCUGACUGCGAUAUGCGACCUUCAGAUGGUGACGUCAUAUCUAGUGGACCAACACGACACCGGAAGCUGUUUCAACAACACGGAUACUGACUCAUUCAACCACCUCUUUAGCCUGGUAGCCAACAUACAACCGAAAACAAGCUCUUUCGACCAUUUUUGUGAAUAUUGGUCUCGGUGUUUUUAAACACAAUCCUCUUUAUUAUCUACUAUUUAACUUAAAGUAAUUUGCUUGUUAAAUGUACAAAUGUGUUAAUUAUACCGAGUCGAGCACUAAGCUUAUCGUUAAUGCUAGCUAGCCCGACCAUGAACUCACUGAACGACUCCCCUCCUGUUAAAGAAGAGGAGGUCUGCUGGGCGGAGAAAGAAGCUCUGGGGCUGAACAUUGUCCUGAAAGAAGAGAAGGAUGUUACAGUAAAUGGAGAGGAAGAAGCUUUCAGAAUGAAAAAGGAGGAAGAGGAGGCCAUCAGUAUCACAUUGAAAGAAGAGGAUGAUGUUAUAGUGAAAGAAGAGACAGAACAUUUUAGAGUGAAAGAUGAAGAGGGGAUAGAGACUGUCACAGUGGAAGAAGAGGAAGUAGAAGUUUUCAGAAUGAAAAGGGAGGAAGAGGAGGCUGUCACCUUGAAAGAAGAAGAGGAGGAUGUUUUGGGAGAUGAAGGAGAGGAAGAGGAGACUGAAGAUCUGAGUAACACCAGAGAGAGACCAGCCUCUCACUCUGACAGCGGAAAGAGUCCUUCAGGGGAACCAGACCCAGAGACACCCAAACCAGGGAGACCACACCACUGCUCCCAAUGUGGAAAGAGAUUUUCCAAAUCAGGGGACCUAAAACGGCAUGAGAGGACACACACAGGGGAGAAACCUUUCCAAUGUUCCCAGUGUGGAAAGUGUUUUAACCGCUUAAGCAACCUGAAGGCGCAUGAGAGGACACACACACAUUAUUUCCAAUGUUCCCAGUGUGGGAAGCAUUUUGCCUGCUUAAGCAGGCUGAAGAGGCAUGAGAGGACACACACAGGGAAAAUCCUUUCCAAUGUUCCCAGUGUGGAAAGCAUUUUACCCGCUUAA